UGUCAAUAAUUGCACAAACCUCAUAAUCGUAUAAAAACCUCAAGAAAUAUUGAUAGAAAAUAUAGAUAGAAAAUACCGAAGAAUCUGAAAUAAUGUCUGGGUUUUUCAAGUACAGAGACAACAAAUCGGACGUUAACUUAUCGAAGAAUCAAGUAACGAAAAAGAAAUCCAGAAAAACCGUUAAGAAAGAUACAACUUCCGAAGCUUUAUCAGUUAUUGACGAAUUUCAACCCAAAAACAAAUUAGACAUAUUCGAAUUCUUUUUUAAUAGCUUCAUUAACGAAAUAAUUUUGCAACGAGAAGUUGUUAUAAAAAGUGUUGAUUUGGAUGCACAAAGCAUCCAUUCUUACGCACACGAACGUAAAGAGAAAAAAGAUGAUGACACUAACACGAAGAGAACAUCAAUAACAACUAUGAACAUUUUUGAUAGAGCAAAAAGGAGACAAUCUGAGGCUCUUAGUUCAAGAUCCAGUGUUGCUUCAGGGACUUUUCCUCAGAAACUUUCCAUUGGUAUUAAACCAAGUUUAGACAAAACGAAUUCGUAUAACUCGGGUGGCGGUGGAUUACGCAUUGGAAUCGCACAAGAACUAGUUACAAUUGAAAAAAUUACGUUCAAAAACGGAAAUUACUACGAGGGUCCUUGCAAUGAGUAUCUAAUGCACGGCAAGGGAGUAUUCAUUUGGACUGAUAAAACUAUCUAUACUGGAGCAUUUUCCAAUGGCUACAUCACCGGAAAAGGAGAAUUAAUACUUUCUGAUUUAAGUAAAUACAGGGGAGACGUUGUUCAAGGAAUAUUCCACGGUAUUGGUUAUUUCAACCCGGCAGGAAGCCCUUUGUAUUACUAUGGGGAGUGGAAUAAUGGCAAAAAGCACGGAAAAGGGUGGUUGAUGUACGAUGCUGAUGAUUGGUACGAGGGAGACUGGAACAACGACUUGCGACACGGAAUCGGCUUUAGGAAAUACAAAAACGGAGCUAGAUACAAAGGAGAAUGGGUGGCAAAUAAAAAACACGGCAAAGGAAAGAUGCUGCUUCGAAACAACGAUUAUUACAACGGUGAAUGGGUCGAUAACAUGCCUCACGGUUAUGGAAAGUACACUUGGGAUAUGGAACAUAAUGAUGCAUUUUGCUUUCCUAUGUAUAGUUGGUACAAAGGAUCCUGGAAACAUGGAAAACGUCAUGGAGUUGGGAUAUUAAAUUUUGGUACUGAAUGCGGUGCAGAGUACGCCGGUACAAUGUGCGAAAAUUCGAAGCACGGGCCCGGAGUAAUGAUUUGCGGUAACGGAAUAGUACUUGAAAGUAAUCCGUUGUUUUAUCACAACAAGCCUGUACACAAAACCUCCCAAAUAUCAUUUAAGGAUUUAACAGAGAAAUAUACAAAAGAGGAACUAGAGUGCAAUAUUCAGAAGGGUUCUUAUUACGAAAUAUUGAAAAUAGUUAAUUCGAAGAUAGCCUGCAGUGAACUUAGCAUGGAUAUAUUAGUAAAUAUAACUAAAAACAGCGCGAAGAUUGAACCAGAACAAUAUGUUAAAUUGGUCGAUUCGAUUUCAGGAAGUAAAAAAGUUUGGUGCCCACUAAUCAUUCCUAUUCACACAAUUCCGGAAAAUGUCAAUUUCGGUUAUUUCAUUGAUAUUGUUUUCGACUAUAACAAGAAAUAUUGCGGCUCUAUUGAGUGUCCACCUGAACAAGAUAUUUUACUCUCCAAAAUUCACACACCUUUGGUUCCUUUAAGGUUUAAAAGAUCAAUAAUGAGCUUUAGAUUCAGUACGGUAACGUUACCUUCAGAAACUCCCAAAUACUCGGUUAUAACCGUCGGUCCUCCUAGAACCAAAUCAUUUACGAGAUCGAUAAUUUCCGAUACGAAAUCAGAAAUAAUACAUACUGCUGAGGAGAAGCUUCAACUUAUGAAAAUUAAAGAGGCUGAAUUAUUCAAAAAUAUUAUUAUGGCGAAUCGGAGUAAAUUGAAUCACGUUUAUCUAAAGUACGCAAAUUUCAAUCAAGACAUCAAGGAAACAUUCGAAAACUCCAGAACAGUUAUGGUACGCCUGUUUCUUUGGCAGUUAUUCAGAGACUCGAAAAACGAAAUUGAACUAGCCAAAGUGGAUUCCUUGAUGUGGGAAAAUCCACAAUCCUGCCUAAGCACGGAGCACAAUCCGUUUGAGCCAAUUUACUUCUACCAAUUCCUGCAGUACAUCAUGGGGUGCGCUUGGAUCACGUGCUUGAAAUACACUCCUCAUGGCAAGGGCGCCCCCUUGCCAUCGUUAAUAUUCAAAAAUUUCUUGGAGGAUUUCUUGGCGACCCCGCGGAUUGAAUCCGGUACUGCUUUACGCGAGCAUUUGCACCUAGCGCCUCUUAAAAAAGUUUACAAGUUGUACUCGAGCGUGAGCGAGCCGAUGUCGAUAAAAACCUUCUUCAACGCUACUUAUCGCCAUGAAUCCGAAGAGCUGCCUUGUUAUGCUGCCGUGCAUUCAGGAGAACUUCCGAAACUGAUGCGCGGGUGCAACAUGGUACCAAUGGCGCAUGAAAUUUAUUACGUGAAAUUGACAGAGCCACUAAGCGACUAUGAAGAGGAACCCAAAAUCAAAAACAACGAUCAGUUCGCCAGGUCGUUGUUAACUUUCAGAACAUUGGGGUGGAACAAAAUCGCGGAAUUUAUAGCGACAGUUUGCCCGGCAUCGCAAAGUGCCGAUCAGAAGCUGAACAUGCACUAUAACUUGACGUUUCUGGAAUUCUACGAGAUAUUUAUCAAGUGCGCGUUCGAGAAGGGCGAGGAGUUGGUGAAAGGGUUCGAGGAAUCCACCAAGUACCAAGAUCCUGCGAUGUCCAUUCUGUCCCCGUCGUUGUUUAGCCAAAAGACGAAGAGCAAGUCUUUGAAAAAGAACAAAUCGAAAAAAUCGACUGUUAAAGUUACUAAAUCGCUUAAAUUCAAAAAGAAAUAAAAAUAUUAAAAUGGA